CGGCGCCGGAGCGCCUGCCGGGCUCGGGCCAGAGCGGAUCCGGGGUCGGGGCCGCAGCGGGGACCCCCCGGAGGCGGGGCCUGUGGGACCGCGAUGGGCGUGGAGAUCGAGACCAUCUCCCCUGGAGACGGAAGGACAUUUCCCAAGAAGGGCCAGACGUGUGUGGUGCACUACACAGGAAUGCUCCAAAAUGGGAAGAAAUUCGAUUCAUCCCGAGACAGAAACAAACCUUUCAAGUUCAGAAUUGGCAAACAGGAAGUCAUCAAAGGUUUUGAAGAGGGCGCAGCCCAGAUGAGCUUGGGGCAGAGGGCGAAGCUGACCUGCACCCCUGAUGUGGCGUAUGGAGCCACGGGCCACCCUGGUGUCAUCCCUCCCAAUGCCACUCUCAUCUUUGACGUGGAGCUGCUCAACUUAGAGUGAAGGCAGGAAAGAACUCAAAGUGGUUGGAGAUGGCUGCUGCUCACCCUCCUAGCCUGCACGGCCGCUGGGACGGCUCCCCCUGGUCGGGGCUCUUGAUCAGUGUGCUGACCUCAUUGCCCCAUCGCGUCCUGCAGUCUCUGCCCGUGCAGCUCGGUAUGUGUUCGUCACUGUUCACGCGCUUCCUUGCUUGAGGAAACUUCAGUUGCAAAUUGAAGCAUUUCAGGUUGUGCAUUUUAUGUGAUGCAUGUAGUAGCCGUUCCUGAUCACAGAACACAGAUAUCUUGUUUGCACAAUCUACACUGCCUUACCUUCACGUAAGCCAGACACACAAGGUGCUCAGAUGUGAAACGUUCGUGGCGUACACAGAGGGACUUGAGCCAGUUACCUUUGCUGUCACGUCCUCUUAUAAAGUCUGUGGGCUGCUCACUGACACAAUGUCAUCUUUGGAAAUAAUAUGUAAAAUAAAGGCUCUGUGCUUGACAAAUCCCUGUCC